AUGUUCAAGUUUCAACAUGGCGUCGUCGAGCUUCGUCGUGCGCUGGCAUCGCUCAACACUGUCUCUAGCUUUGCACUUUCCAGCGCUCUGCUCGGGCCGGCUAAUCUGGACUGGCUUAGUCAAAUUGAUCUCUGGUGUUGUCUCGUCUGCUGGGCUCCAUGGCUUGCUCUCUGGGGAAGGUUCAAUCCUUACCAUGGCAAACAACAGACAGUCCCAGCAGACGGCUCUGUUGUGCAGCGCAGAGCGCGGUUUUAG